GCGGAAACUGUAAAGUCGAAUGGAAAGCGCCAGCAGAAGUCUAAAGUAGCCGGGCUUAUUCCACGAACAUUAACGUUGCCAUUUAAUGGUGACAGCAGCGGGGUCCUUACGUGAGCAGGACUUCAGAUAUCAACUCAGAUAGCUUAUCUAAAAACACAGAGUCGCUGUGUUGUCAUCCUCAGCAAAAAGUUAUGGCACAUAACGAGUCGUUGGUCGCUUUGAAUGGAACUCAAAUUUCCUACAUUGGACAUGACUGUAAGGACAUUCCUGACUUCCUUGGAGACACAUAUGGCCAGUUUGCAAGAAGGCUGGAUCUCAGCUUCAAUCAGCUCAGGUCACUGGCAGGCCUCAAAAUGUUCACUGAGCUGGAAGAGCUGGUUGUUGACAACAAUCUGCUUGGAAAUGACCUCCGGUUACCCAGGUUACCCAACCUCCACACCCUAACACUCAAUAAGAACCAACUGACUGAUAUCGAGGCCCUGCUUGAACACUUGGCUGAUGUGACCCCGUCGCUGGAGUAUCUAAGCCUGCUGGGAAAUGAGGCCUGCCCCAACCAGCUGGUCAGCCCGGAUAAGGAUGAGGACGACUACCAGAGAUACAGGUACUUUGUUCUGCACAAGUUGCCCUGGUUGAAGUUUCUGGACACCAGGAAAGUAACCAGAAAGGAAGUGAUGGAGGCACAGGCAAGAGGAGCAUUCAUGAAAGUGGUCAAACCCAAGUCGGAAGCUUCACAUAAUGAGCCUGGACCUGAGAGUCACCCUCUGCCCUACACUCCUCUACCCCAAGGAUCCAGAGAUGCCAGGAACCACAAAGGGGUAUUCGCCAAGUGUCGCUAUGUCUACUAUGGAAAGCACUCAGAGGGCAACAGAUUCAUCCGAAAUGACCAGCUCUGAUGGACAGCUGGUCGGGCUUAAAAGAGGGACAUGAAUGACAGUGGAUGUUACCAGCCGGAGAGAGGAUCAAAUCAACCUCCUAUUUAUUAAAACCGCCGGUGAUACUUGAGUCACCUCAUGUCCCACUAGAAAAAAAAAAAAAAAAAAAAGAUUGUAACUUUUGGAAAAAUGGUGUUGUGGUUAUG